AUGUUCGCCGCGGGAUACGGCCGCACGGUGCUGCUCGGGAGCGACGGCACGGCCGUUGCCUGCGGUGAUAAUGAGGAGGGACAGUGCGAACUCCCCGCGCAGGACGGGGGCGAGACUUACUCGCAGGUAGCCGCCGGAGCCCAGCGCACCGCGCUGCUCAGGAGCGAUGGCACGGCCGUGGCCUGCGGCGAGAAUUUCUUUGGUCAGUGCGAGCUCCCCCCGCCAAUUGGGGACUUGUGCUACUCGCAGGUGGCCGCUGGAGGCGGCCGCACGGUGCUGCUCAGGAGCGACGGUGCGGCGUUGGCCUGCGGCGAGAAUUGCUCGGGGCAGUGCGAGAUCCCCGCGCUGGUCGGGGACCUGAUCUACUCGCAGGUGGCUGCGGGAUGCUGUUUCACGGUGCUGCUGAGGAGCGACGGCACCGCUGUGGCCUGCGGCGAGAACGGCGAUGGCCAGUGCGAGAUCCCCGCGCUGGUCGGGAACGCGACCUACACUCAAGAGCUGAAGAACACAGUCAAGCAACGGUUGCGCAUCAAGUACGGCAGCCCUCCAGCGAGUUCGAAUCAACGCAGGCUUCAUAUUCUGCGAAUAUGUUUGGCACGGAGCGCCCAUCGCAUCGACAAGCUGAUGGCCAUGCACGGCCUCCCGAAUGCUGGUGACUGCGACGCAGACGGCGGCGACGGAGUUGAGGGCGUCGAGCGCGGAGGUGGCAUUGACGCUGGCGCUGCUCAGGCGGAGGGAGAUGUACCUCAGCGCAUGUUGGACCCUCCUAAGUCUGCAGUCGACAAUGAAAUGCACAGGCGCCUCGCAGGGGAAUGGCUGGCCUCUCGCCCGCUAGCUCAGUGCAUCUUCGUCCGAACAGUGAUGGAGCCAUUGCGAGAUUAUCUUGCUUUGCAGUUACAUUUGGCAUCAGACACGUGGGGGCAUUCUCAGCAGUACGUUGACGCAGUGCGGGCUGCGGGCGCCACCGCCCCCAUGAGGGAUUACCGAUUGGGCGUUGCAGUGAGGAAGCUCCUGGACACGCGCUUCAGAGGGAAGCAGGACAGAUUUUUCAUGAACGGCGAGCUCUGGGAGAACCUGUUGCCGCCCAAUUGCAAGACCCUUUCUAACAGGAGCAUGGCCUUCAAGCUGCUGUCGGCCAGCAGCUUCUGCAUGGAGGCUACUUUGGAGAGGCAUUUCGAUGCGACGCCGCUCGCGUUCUUCCGUGUCAUGCUGGAGUCCGAGGACCCCGCGUCUUAUAUGAGCCAGGUGAAGAAAUGCAUCCUUGACCCGUUCGUGAGGCGUUUCAUCGAGAUUACUGAGAAGGACGGCGGCACGUUGAACAGUCAUGUGACGCGUGCUCGCAUCGAGCUCUUGUUGAUGAUGGCUGACGUGUGCAUCAGCCGAAUCGAGGUUGGACACGCGUCGAUUCGACGUCGAAUUUUCGCCAGGUCCGUGCGCACCAAGGGGUGCGACCUUGACCAGCUCAGCGCAGAGUUUGUUUUGGAGAAGGCUCGGCACUCGGUCGCUACAUCGGCGUGGUUCUUGCCCAACGGUGCGAGCGCUGCCCAACCGCCUGGACAUCGGCCUGGCGACGCCCGACGCCAAGCGUCGCAUUCCGGAGGCGGCGGUGCAUGGAGGGCGUACAUUCGCAACGAGUCGCGUGGCACAGAGGGCAGGCCCGACCUGCGCGCCCUUGCACAGGCGUACAAGCACAUCGGCGAUGAGAUGAAGGCGAUGUUGCAGGAGCAGGGGAGUCGCGCCACUGAGGUGCACAGGGACAUGAGGAAGUGCACGGGUCGACCAGCUUCGAGCUUCGGCCUUACUACGAGCGAAGUGCGCCGCCACCAGCGACAGCAGCAGCAUGAGGCUGCCGUGCAGCGGGCCUUGGCCGCGAGCAGCGGGAACCCCAUUCCACUUGAAGACGAGGCAGCGUCGGCGAUGGAGCAGGCCCACAGAGGCGAGAUUUCAGUUCAGCAGGCGGUCGACCGUGUUAAGCGGGAGAAGCGCAUCAGCAAGGAGGUCGCUGGCCAGCGGGCUGCGAAGGACGCAGCUUUCGUGGCUCAUCGCGUCAGUCAACUCAACGCACAGGAAGAGAUGUUCAUGCAGGCCGUUCCAGGGAUCGACCAGCUGUCGAAUGAGUUGGCGCCGAUACCUACAGCAUCUACUUUGUCGAUCAGCCUCGUGCCCGACACCCACUGCUGCGCGACCAUGGUGAGGAUGUUGCAUGACAGUUCCAAGCGGACAAACCUCGGGAAGACCAUGGAUGCCGACUGGAAGAGGAAGCACAAGCCGAUCCUACAUGACGAGUGCGAACCUCUACCACCACGUCCGCAACGUCGAGGCAAGCCUCCUUGUCACGAGGUAGGCCAAUGCUUGUGCAGUCCAGAGGGGCACCAGACCUACAUGUUCAGAAACAGGUUCUUACGUGAGAUGAAACACCACUUCAACAAGAGGAACUUCCCCUACCACAUGGGCCUGCUGAUGAAUCGAGAUGCGGUUGCAAGACUCACGGGGAGACGGCCUGCCAUUGACAACCCGUGGGCGGCAGCCGCUGGGGAAGCCGUGGACGCCAGGACGGACGUCAUGUUCUUGCACAUCGGUUACCACUCGUUCUCACCGUGCUCCCCGAGCUUCCUUCGGCUUCGACCUCGGUCAGAUCUCCCUGCGCGGCUGGGCGAUGGCUACGUCGAGCUCGAGGUCAACCCACUUCAUGCCCUGAAGAAGGGUUCCCGAUACUUCGCCAUGCGGCGGGACCACUUCACGGCAACCUCGAGCGUGCAGAGUGGGGCAGCCGAGGGCGGGAUCACUGUGUGGAGUCAACGUAGGACCUUGAACCCUUGGGCGUGCAAUCCCCUCCAGAUGCGCCUCAGCGUGGAGCGCUUGCAGAACCAGGUUCGCGCAGAUGCCAGGGAGCUCAAGGAGGUCAGGGGCAUCCUCGCAGGCGUGUUCAAGGGCGCCUCGAAGUUCGCGGGCAACAGUUUCAAGCUCCCCAAGGUGGAAAUCACGAAGGCCCUGACAGACUUGAGGAUGUUCCAAAUUGUGCGCAAGGAUCUUUCUUGGGAGCUGGAGUGGUACAGCAUUGUCUCGAGCCGCAAGUUUCUGGUAGAGUUCAAGCCAAAGCACGUCACCGUCGCUCUUGACAGUGGCAUCGGCGACGAUGGCAUGGGCGACGCCGCAUGCACCGACGAGUCGGACGAGGCACACCACUACCUCAAUGAUGGGUCCGAGGGGUUCGAUCCAGGUGAAGACGUGCGAGGUUUGCUCGACGGCCUGUCGGAUGAUGAUAUCGGCGCUGGAGUUGACUACCUUGGUGGCGACGCGCCCGCCGACGUUGCGGACGCCCACAUGGCAUUCGAACAGGCGUUCAUUCAGUCGUCGAGGGCCUUUGCCUUCGCCUUUGGCCGCUGGGACGAGUUUGCCCAGAGCUUGGAGGCCGCUGGCCAGAGCUCGGGGCCAGCGUCUGAAGCCUACCGCUCCUGGUGGGCUGGGCUGGAUUUCGGCGAGGCUUCGGGGCGGGUUCCUCCACAGGCUGGCAAGCUGUGGGCCAAACACGCUGUGUCGAACGGCGUCUCGACCCCCGUGGGCGAUCAGUGUUUGGAUUGCCGUGACUUCCAAUGGGACACUUCCCCAGUCUGGAGGAGCUUCGAGGAGAUGGCCGCCGAGAACACUGGCAACGAGAACAAUGCUGUGUCUGCUGGUCUCGCAGUGAAGAGGGGGGAGAAGGCGAGGGAUUUCAUUCCUUCCACGGUGACGGCGUCGCAUUCCUCGGGCUACACGGUGAAGCGGUACGUCAAUGUUCUGAACGCCAGUGAGUUGAGGGCGGAGCUCGACAGGGAUCCCAAGGGCAUGGUCGUGAAGCACGUCCCGACGAUGAUGCUGCCGAACCCCAGGGAGCCAGGAUCGGUCGAGAAAGUGUGGCAGUUCGAAUACGACCCGCUCAGCAAGUACCGCGUGGUGGAGUUUUUCGACACCUUCAUGGCGGAUUGUUGCACUCAGAGGCUCACCCCAGAUCGGCACUACUUCAAUCAGCAGGACUCGAGGUGCCUGAACCAGGUUUGCGGCGAGGUUCUCUCGGAGGCGCUUGUACCGAACGAGAAGGGCGCAACGCUUGAGGCUUCCUUCAUCGUCGCUCCGCCCAAGCUGGACGACAUCAAGGCGAAGUCCGCAGGGCUGAACGAGCGCAGGGACUCCAACAGAGCUGCGAGGCGCGGCGCUGACCACAUGGAGCCGACUACGCGGGAUGACCGCCUUGGCGGUGAUGGUGGCGAUGGCGAUCCUAGCGAUGAAGGUGGCGCCGUCGUCGUCGAGGCAGCCUCGUCGGGGUCGAGGCAGCCGCCGAUGCCACCGCCUGCGGCACCUCGUCGCCAGAGUAGUGGCAUGUCGCUCCACCACGAUCCGUUGACUCCGAUCGCUGCCAGGACUCCGCCUGGCGGCGCCGCCAGGUCUCCCGAAGGUAUGGACGAUGCCGCCUCCGUGGCAGGCGAGUCGUUGGUCAGCUUCCGGACUGCGGGCGGCUUGGAGGGCAGCCAGUUGCCAGCGCAAGUGCGCAUCCAGUCGUUGAGUCAGGAGACCGUCGUUGUCUACAUGGAGAGUAAGCUUUCAUCCUUGGACUUCGUGGGUGCCAUGACCAAGGGCAAGCAGGGGGUCGCCAAGCAUCACGCGGCCGACGCUGCCGAGAAGCUGCACAAGCACGGUUGGACGGACGAGGCAAAGGAGAUGCGGAAGAAGCUGAAUAUUUUCAACUACGCCGAGAUGCUGCACUACUCUGUGAUCAUGGAUCAGUCGCCUGAGAUGUUGCACCUAGCUCUGGACGCGCUGAAGGACGAAGGCAUUCCGAUCCCGAGUGAUGUUCACAAGAAUUUGUUGCACAGGGCGAAGAACGAGCAACUCAAGGGCAAGUGCGACGAGAACGUGGCCAAGGAGCUGGUCACCAUUACCUUGCCUUGGCGGGCGUCGCAGGUCACCGCUGGCGAGGUCUACAACGUGAAGGCUCCGAAGGCCGCGCUGUGCGAGUGUCUGGACUCGCCGUGGAAGGUGUCGUUCUUUUCGCAGGAUGGUUGGGAACAAAUCAUUGAGCCGCUGAUCAUGGCGGGCGACGGCGGCAUCCCCGUCUUGAGCAGCGUCCUGGAGUACAUCGAGAAGUUCUGCAUGGAGGUCGCGGAAGCUGAGAUGGAGGUGCCGUCGGCGGAGUUGUCGUGUCUGGUCGAUAUGAUGGGUACCAUUACGUUCGUGUACCAAAUUCUCAAUCCGAACCUGUUGCUGGCCGAGGACGUCGAGCUAGCCGCUUUCACAAACGCGCCCGAGGUUUACCAGGGCAAGGGCCGGAUCUUCAGGUCUGUUCUCGACGCAUUGAAGGGCUACGACGAGUGGCUGAAGAGGUUCAAUGCAGUGUGCAGGUCCGUCGGCCAGAUCAGCGAGCUCGGACACACAUAUCAGAGGUGCAGAGCCGACAUGGCGGAAGCUACGGAUGAGACUCGAGCUGUUGCCUUGAGCAAGGUGCUUCCCAAUGUACCGCGCUUGCAGGCGGGCUUGGUCAACGGCAUGAUGCAACCUCUGGAGGACAUGCUUGUCGAUCUGAUUCGAGCUGAGGUGGUUGCGACGAAACGCAGAUACGCGGAUGGCAAAGCGAUCGUCGAAGACGUCCAGGCCUUCCAGAAGAUAUUGGCCAUUGCGUCGGACAGCUUCCCAUUCUUAAAUGACAUCUCGGAGUGGAUGGCCGACAUUUCCACAAUCUUGCUGAGCGCGCAGGCGGGAGCUACCCUGGAUGAGUUCGUGAAGGCCGUCAAGGAGGUCGCCCAGGAGGCGAGUACACAGACGUUGUCUCAGCUUGGAGUUGUGGUGCAGCGCUCGCUUGGCCUGAAGCUCCAGCGCCCCGGGGACGUGAACUUAUUCAUGGACGCUUGCCAGAAGAUCGACGAGUUCAUGUUGCAUGGCGUGUCGCUGUUUUGCUCCGAGGGCUUGGCCAUGCCAACGGACGAGCUCAAGCAGAACUUGGGAUACUCGAAGGACCUGCUGAUGAUGGAGCGCGAGGCGCUGGAUGAGCUGCGUCGUGUCAACAAGAGCGCCGAGAACGCGUUCGCCGAGUUCACAGAGAUCGGUUCCACGCACGGCGUCACUGACCUCCUGGCCAAGCUGGCGGGGCCUGCUGACGCUGCAAUCGGGAACGCUGUGAAGACCACUCUCGAUUCAAUGCACGAGAACGUUGCGGACGCGCUCUUGACAGUCACGACGUGGCAGGGCGGUGUCGAGAACGGACAUUGGACCAACGGCCUCGAGCACAACGACUGGAAGACUGUCAAGGCGACGCUCGACGUCACGGUCUGCAAGAUGCCAGACCCGCUGCGUUUCCACGCUUGCCUCGGGCGCUUGACGGAGGCCCACCAGGAUGCUGCAGAUCUGGUCGCUGCGUUCGACAGUGAUGUAGAUCCACGUUUCGCUUCUUUCCCCGACCUCGUUGUCAAAGGCCUCACGACUUACGUGAGCGGCCUCAUAGUUUAUGAUCUUGAGGCCCACAAGGCCGACAAGGUCAAGAAGCGCACUGCCAUAGGCAAGCGCGUCGAGAUGCUGAGAUCGAUUGGUGUCGACCCGAGCUCGGUCUUGCAUGCAGCCGUUUGGGCGCAGACCGAGAAGGCUCGUUGCCUGCAGAGCGACGGUGCGGCCGUGGCCUUUGGCUGCAAUCGCGACGGUCAGUGCGAGCUCCCGGCGCUGGACGGGGAAUUGACCUGUUCGCGCGUGGCCGCCGGAUGCGCCCACGCGGUGCUGCUCAUGAGCGACGGCGCGGCCGUGGCUUGCGGCCGGAACGGGGAUGGACAAUGCGAGCUCCCCGUGCCGGACGAGGACUUGACCUAUUCGCAGGUAGCCGCGGGACGCGUCCACACGGUGCUGUUGCGGAGCGACGGCGCGGCGGUGGCAUGCGGCGGGAACGAUAAUGCGCAGUGCGAGCUCUCCGCACCGGUUGGGGGCGUGACCUACGUGGCCCACCUGCUCCCGGCGUUGCUUCUGCAGGCGUCGGUCCAGGGCGAGUCGAUCCGCUUCGUCUCUGCUGGCGGGGUGGAGCGCUGCAGGAUACCUGGAGCAGGGCCCACCGUUCGCCUCGCGGACAUCUUCGGCCAGGUGACGACCAGCCAUCGCGCGGCCAGGUGGGGCCCCGGUGUCUGGCGGAUUGGCGCGGUCCUGCCUGAUGGUCGCCUGCUCAGCAGCGUGGCGGCCGAGGAGACGGUCGGCGGCGUCUUCGGGCCAGGCUGA